UAUUUAUCUUGAAUGGAUGCAUUGGAAAUUGAAAUUAAAUUUUCCCAUUAACUGGUCUUUUAUUUACAGGAAAAAUAACAACAUGUAAAGUCUCAGAAAUUAGUAAUUUAUUGCAUUAGAAAGUGUUAGAACUGUGAUGUAUGAUACUUGAGUAAAAAUCUAAUAUAUACAAAUUCGAAAUGACUGAAAUGGAAAUACAAGAGGCAUUGGCCUCCUUGGAGAUGUUGCUGUCUGAGUUUUUUGCGCCGACAACUAAUAAUUUCAGAAAAAGAGAAAUUGAAAAUAUUCUGGAGAAUUUCUCUAACCGUCAAGACUCGUGGAAGCAUUGUUUACUCUUUCUCCAAAAGUCUCAAAACCAAUAUGUUCUAAUGUUUUCUCUUACAACAUUGGAGAACAUCAUUAAUAAGCUUUGGAUAAGUCUCUCUGACAUGGAAAAAACAGAAAUAAGAUUGACACUAUGGAAUGAAUUAAUUUCAAAACAUGAAGUAAUGCUGUAUUUUAUCAGAAAUAAACUUGCAGCUUUGAUGGUGUCUAUUGCACGCUAUGAUUGGCCUCAUCUGUAUCCUGAUUUCUUCACUAACAUUGUUGAGUUGAUAAAAUGUGACGGACACCGCUGUCUGCUGGGACUUAUACUAGCACAAGCGGCCAGUGAGGAGCUGGGGGCGGCGCGGGACACGGGCGUACUGCUGCCGUCGGCGCGCCGCACGCAGCUGGAGCGGCUCAUGCUCAAGGGCAUGCCGCAGAUGCUCGCCGCGCUCAGUGGAAUUCUGGAAAAGAAUGCCCAGAAAGAAGGACAAUCAAAUCCUCCGCCGUCGCCGACGAGCGGUAUUCCACAGACUUCGGCGCUACCUGACUUAUUAGCAAAUGCGCAUGAUGUCCAUAAUGUCGACAAGGCACUGAAUAUGGAGAUAGUUGUAAAAUGUCUCGCAACCCUUCAGCAUUUAUUUUCAUGGCUGCCAUUAUCGUCCCAUGUUCCACCUUCUCUCGUUACCACGGUGUUCUAUUGGGGAAGCAUAGCAACACAAUCACAGAGCAUGGAGGCGGCGCUAGGCGGGCUGGGCGGCGUGUGCGAGCUGCUGUACCGGCGGUACGCGCCGCCGUCGUCGGCCGCCACGGCGCUGCGCCUGCACCACGCCGCGCUGCGCCUGCUGCGGCAUCUGACGCACCACCCCGCGCACGCCGCGCACUUGCACCACGACUAUCUCAACAAAUUAGCCGAGUUCCUAAAGUUGUUCGUAUCAUUGCAUUUCAAGAGACUUGAGGCAGAACCAGAGUUCAAUGCUAUAGAAUUUCUGUCAUAUCUAUUCCAAUACACAUUCCAGGUGCCAACAUGUGCUAUUUUUUUAAAUUGCCUAGAUAUAUGGAUCCAAUUUAUUGACAUAUUGAAGCCUGAAGAUACUGCCAAGUACUGGGAAGCUUUGCAGGCCUUAGUUGAUCGUGUACUUAAUAAAAUACAGUUCCAACAUAACAAGGCACAGCUUCAACAUCUAGAUAAUGAAAUUUGUGAUGAUGAUGGUGAGACUGAGUGGCAAACAUUCCUGAAACAUUGCAUUGAGUGCAUCGCGCGGGUGGCUGAAUUGGCACCGCUGGAUGUUUUCACGAACGUGUUGGAGCGAUGGCAGUGCCUAGUGGGCGUGCACGGGCGGGCGGCGACGCGCGUCGGCGGCGGCGGGGCGGCGGCCACGCCUGAUGCGGAGCGCUUCCUCGCCGCGCUGCUUGACCUGGCCACGCUGACGAGAGUGUUGGGCCGGCUGGCGCCCGCGUUGCUCACGGAGCCAGAGAGCGGUCACACAGCAGCGGGCGCAGCGUUAGUGGAGCGUGCUUGCGCCGCGCUGGGCGGGGCCGCACUAACGCGCCCGCACCGCGCGCCGCUCGCGCCUUCACUGGCUCACGCGCAUGUCCAAGUGCAUGCUGAAAUGUUUGCGUGCAUGGGCGCGUGGUGUUGCUACGCGAGCGAUUGCGGCAUUAGCACGCAAACCAUGGAGGGACUCUUUGCAUCCGCUGUUCCAUUCCUAAUGCCUCACGAAAUACCGGAACCACCUUUACUUUGUCACGCUGCGGCACACCUUUUACUCAGUUUAUCCAAAAACGUGAAGGUCACGAGUGAUCCAGUUACUUUAGUGGGAGACCUGUACAACCACGCACAACGUUCUCUACACUACUUAGAACCCAAGACUGCGAGUGUAGUCCGCGAGGCUCUCCUCUGCUUACUACUAGCACGGGCCGGGCCAGCGACGGGGCCGGCGGCGACCGCGGGGGCCGCGGGGCCGGGAGGGGAGGCGGCGCGGGCGCUGCUUGGCGCGUGGACGGCAGCGCUGACUCAUGCCGGGCCCGCUGUGGCGCUGCCGCCGCUGACUACGCUCCUGCACUCCUUUGCCAACGCGAAUACCAACUCUAAGAAGGUGAUAGCGGAGAGCAUGCAGGGCGCGGCGGAGACGUCUCUCCGCAUGCUGUGCGAGCCGGCGUGCGCGGCGGCGGACACGGAGAUCACGGAGUUCUUCCUCGCGCUGUUCACGGCGCUGCUGCCCCAGCUGGGCAACUUCGCUUUUACCGCCAUUGACGUGUUCCUUGAGGUUGCGCAGAGGGGCGGCGGCGACGGCAGCCUGGAGCGGCUGGUGGAGUGCGUGCGGCUGGGCGUGGAGGCGGGCGGCGGCGGCGUCAAGGUGCGCGCCGUGCUCGCGCUGCUGCACCACCACGCCCUGCCGCGCGCGCGCGACGACGCGCCCGACCUCGCGCGCGCCGCGCACCGCCUGCUGGCCAGUGUCCUAAUCCACCGCUGGCGGUACUUCUUCACGCCAAAGUGCGAGGGCGAGGAGAGCGCGCGCCGUAUGGGCGAGCUGCGUGAAGCGCUAGCGGCGCUUGGACGUGCUCUAAUGCAGCCCGAUAUUGAGUUGCUGCGUAUUGCGCUCGCCACGCUCGACGCGCUCAACACCAAGUGGAAGCUCUAUCACAAGAUGAUAUUCCGCACUGAAUUCCUGAGCGAGUUCAUCUCGGUCCUCCUGGCAUCGCUAGCCGAGGGCGGCGCGCGCGCGCUGCUCCGCGACGAGGCGCUGGGCGCGCUGCACAGCAUGGCGGGCGUGGACUUCGCCGCCUUCCGCGCCGCCUUCCUGCCGCACUUCCUGCGCGCCGUGCCCGGCCUGCAUCCAGACCACGCGCGCGCGCUGCACGACUUCCCGCCCGACACGGAUCUGCCAACAUUCACGCAGAACAUCCAGCGGUUGAUGAACGACGUGAAGUGCUACCGCGCGUACAACGCGCUGGCUCCGGCUGCGGCCGAAAUGGCCUCAUAGCAUGCGACUGCGUCCCACUCCUAUUAGGGCAAUGGGACAUGAUAAUAAGGGGACAUGGGAAUAAGAGAAUUCCCAAAUAAAACCUGCAUGAUCUUUCCCAGUGAACAGAUGGAUGUAUCACACGUUACAAUAUCGGUAACAUAUUGUGCAGCAUUUGG